UGCUGCGCAUAAAAUUUCUGAGUCCCGAACACGAGCGCUUCUUCAUGGGCGCUGUGCGUGAGACCGUGGACUACAGGAAGAAGAAUGGCGUGGUCAGGAACGACUUCGUCAACCUGCUGCUGCAGCUGCAGCAGAACGGGCAGGUAGACCCUGAUCACGACAGUCCUGACAAGGGCAAGGAGGUUUCUCACUCACCGGACACCGACUUCACGCUCACAGACGAGCUACUCGCUGCACAGUGCCUCGUCUUCUUCGUAGCGGGCUUCGAGACAUCGUCGACCACAAUGAGCUUCUGCAUCCACGAACUAGCAGUCAACCCGCAUAUCCAGGACCGCCUGAGGGAUGAAGUCGACAGCGUGCUCAGCAAGCAUGGAGGGCAGGUGACGUACGAAGCCGUGCACGAGAUGUCCUACCUCGACAUGGUGGUCGCAGAGACACUCCGGAAGUACCCUCCUCUGACGGAGUUGGACAGAAUCUGCACGGUGGCGUACACCAUUCCAGGCAGCAAUGUCAAGAUAGAGGAGGGGACCAAGCUUAUCAUACCGGUCUACGCCAUCCACCACGACCCCAAGUACUACCCGGAUCCGGAAAAGUUCGACCCGGAACGCUUUACGGAAGAGCAAAAGGCGUCACGCCAUCAUUUUGUUUACCUGCCUUUCGGUGAGGGACCUCGUAUCUGCAUAGGUAUGCGUUUCGGCCUAAUACAGACCAAGCUCGGCAUCGCUUCAUUGGUCUCCAAGUUUAUCUUCAGCGCCACGAGCAAAACACCUGCAAAGCUCCAGAUGGAUCCCAAGGCAACUGUGGCGUCUGCUGUCGGAGGCAUCAACGUGCGUAUCACCGCGAGAACUUGAUACGUCCACAAGCAGGGCUGUCUACAGAAGGAGCUGACACGUAUGGGUUUGAAAGUGUAUGAUCUGAGCCAUUCUUCACCUAUACUUACUAUAUCAAACACACAUAAAAUUUUGUUUACUAACAUCAGUGAGCCAUGCAUCUCCAAAAUAAACUUGAACGAUGGUAAAUAUAGUAAUAAAGCCCUUCUAUUGCCUUUU